AUUAAAAGAAAAAGCAGGAAAAAAAACCCCACAUAUAAGCAACUCUGAAAUCUGACUUCUCAAUGUACUCUGGCAUUUUCUUAGCAAUGAGUAUGGAUGAGACGUAAACAAGAUCCACACGGGACAAAACGGUGUAAAGAUUUAAAUCUUAGCACACAGGUAGGGUAGGUAGGAAGCACUACCGGCUAUCCACACGACCAUUAUAAUGCCUUACUCUGCGCGGACCUAAGCCUCCUUGGCUUUAGGCGUUAAGGACAACAUUCUGCCCGUCUCUCAGUCGCGGUACUGCCCACCAAGCAGCCGGUUUCUCGGCGGCUGGGGACAGAUGUCCCCAAGCCUGUCCUGAUCACCCACCCGGGGCUGCAGUGCGUACGUCUCCUCCAAAGCCCAGAGAGACCCACAGCGGCGCUAGGACCGUGGGCCGGGCUCUGCACACAGCAGCCAUCCUUCCAGUUCCUGCGGACCACAGCACGCCGUCUCCUCGCCCAUCAGCUCCCCUCACUCGCAACCUUGUCACCGACGCGCCGGGCAACAGGCAGGACAGCCCGAGGAAGAAGGAUGGAGAGAGAUUUACAGAGCCCAGAAACCACACUCACCAUCUUGCUUCUACCGGCGAGGCCAAAGAGACCGGAAGAGAAAGCACCCCCGCCACUUCCUGUGGAUAAGCUUCCGCCCAGGAAACUACUUCCGGCGGGUCUUGGUGCAGCCCUAUCAGGCCUCGGGUGCGGAGGUGUAGUCUCCCGGGCGAGAGAGCCAGGGAGCCGAUUGGGCUGCAACACCGGUAGGGGGCGUGCCUGGCGCUGUGGCUCCGCCCUCCCCAGCGGCCCGCCUCCUGGUUGGAGAGGGUUUCUGGCGGUGUCGGGGCUGCUGCGGUGUUGGCAGUCCGUCUGGUUUCCGGUCCCGGGGCUCGAGGGGAGUCAGACACCCAGUGCGUGGCGGCGCCCCUGGCGGUUGUGCAGUGCUGGGACUGGGAUCCCGAUCCGGGAAAGCCAGCCUUCCCAGGAAGCAAUGGCUACAGAGGGUGCUUCCUCAGAACUCAUAGAAAAAAAACGUACGAAGUUGCUCAGUGUCCUCCAACAAGAUCCGGACUCUAUCUUGGACACGUUAACCUCUCGGAGCCUGAUUUCUGAGAAGGAGUAUGAGACUCUGGAGGAAAUCACAGAUCCCCUGAAGAAAAGUCGGAAGCUGUUAAUUUUGAUACAGAAAAAAGGAGAGGACAGCUGUCGGCGUUUCCUCCGGUGUUUGUCUAAUGCCUUUCCAGAGUCAGCGUCCACAGUGGGCUUCAAGCACGAAGUUCCACGGCAGGAAGCUGAAGAGACUGUGGGGGUGAACAGGAAUUCUGAAGAUCCCCUUUCUCUUGGGACAAUAAUCCCGGAGAUAGCAGAGCUCUCAGAAGAGAAAGAAUGUCUAGAUCUGAGAGCUUUGAAGUUCUUCACCUACAAGGAAAGUGGCCACAGGGAACUUGCAGUAUCCUCCCGGGAGAACCAGGAAGGGCAUGGGACACCGCAGGUCACGGCUCCCCAUUCAGUCAAAAGAGUUGAGUAUGAAGUCCCAGCAAGUAUCACCUUCUUAAGCAAUGGACAGAGAUACGAGGAGCCAGAUGAUUCGCUGUACUUAGAGGAAGGGGAACAUCAAGAGUACCUUGGGUUCCCUGAAGAUGUCGAGACUGUCUUGGAGGAAGAGGCCGGCAAGGACCCACAGUGCUUUGUAUAUGAUAAUGAAGAGGAAUGGGAGAAUGAAGAGACCAUGGGGUUCUCCAGUGAAGCCAGUAGCUGUUCAGAGAUCAAUUUCUCAUUGGAGGAGGAGGAGGAGAAAAGCGCUGAAGAGAGAAAAAGAGUAUUUCAGCAUGUUCUGUCUUGUUUGAACAUGGAUAGAAGCAGGAAGCUUCUCCCAGAUUCUGUGAAGCAGUUUUCCACAGACCGAGGACGUGAGUGGACACCCGAGACCCCAGGGGACUUAGCUUGGAAUUUCCUGAUGAAGGUUCAGGCUUUAGACUCGACAGCCAGAGAUUUUACCCUUAGGCACAAGAUGGUGGAUGAAGAGAACAAAGAACUGCUGCUGGCUAGAAUGGAGAAGUUAGGAAUUGGAGACGCACAAACCAUCCAUCCCCUGGAUGUCCUCUGCGCCUGCAUGCUUUGCGCAGACAGCUCUUUGCAACGUGAAGUCAUGUCAAAUAUGUACCACUGCUGCUUUGCUCUUCCCCUGCUACUGCCAGAUGCAGAGAACAACAAAAGCAUCUUAAUGAUGGGGGCCAUGAAGGACCUAAAGCAGCACGCAACGCAGUCCUCAGGCGGGCCCCCCAGGGAAACAGACGCGUCUCUGAGUCUCAUGAAGAUGCCUGUCAUCUCUUUUGUGCGACUGGGACACUGCAGCUUCUCCAAGUCCAGAAUUCUGAACACACUGCUCAGCUCCUCUCGACAGAAACCACACACGUUUUUCCUCCGUCGGGACCUGUCGGUCCCUGUGCUGCCUCGGCAAAUUUCUGAUGGCCUGGUGGAAGUGAUGUGGCACUUUCCCGACGAUGCAGAGCUAACGGUGAGCCCACACGUUUUCCAGAAACCUGUUGCUGUGGCCAACCUUCGUGGCGAUCUAGAAAGCUUUUGGGUGCAAUUUGGGUUUCUGGUGGAAGUUUCCUCCGCUGUGUUCUUCCUCACAGACUGCCUCGGGGAGAAGGAGCGGGCCCUGCUGAGGUUCUUAGGAGACGAUGCCAUUGAAAGGUGCUACGUCAUCCUCAGUCCCCAGGCCAAGGAGAGUGAAGAGGCUCAGAUUUUCCAAAAGAUCCUAAAACUGAGGCCAUCACAGCUACUGUUUUGGGAAGUAGAGGAAGCCGGGGAUAGAAGGAGGGCUAUGGAGGCCCUUCAAGCUGCCCUCCAGGAAGUAAUGUCGUCUCCACUCAAAUGUGUGUCCCUUGAAGAUAUGGCCUGUCUGGCCAGGGAGCUGGGGAUUCAGGUAGACCAAGACUUUGAAGUUAUUCAAGAUACUCAAGUUUCCCCCAGAACAAUUGAAGGUGAGAACCAGCAACCACAGAGUCAGACAAAAAGCCCAUCUGAAAGCCGAACUCAGAAGCCACUCAGAGAGCCUGGAACUCAAUGUGAGGACAGCCAGAAUGCUGUAAUCUUCCAUCAGACUCCAGUAUUCAUGCCUUAUCCAGCACACCCAUGGCCCUUGCCCAUUGAAGCUGGAAGUAACUUUUACCAUGUUCCUUUGAGAGCCCCCCGGGCUAUAAGCUCCCACUUUAGAUCACAGCAGAAGGCUGAGUGGUUCUUUCCAUUCCCCCAUCAGAAUACAAGUGUUCACAGCAGAGGUCAAAACUUUGCUAUUAAAUACCUCCAACCCUGGAGAUUUUAUUCAAGGGAAAGAUUCACAAGAUGUUCAGCAACUCCUCAGCAGUAUCACCCGAAUGGACCAUUUGGGAGAUCACAGAGACAGGCUUCUCCUGUACAGACCCAUCCUAAGAGCAGGCAGAUGUCCAGAACUCUUGAGAGGUCUGGGACAGUGGUCUCUCGAGUAGGUCACGGACGUUCUCUUGGCUCACAAGCAAGGAGAGCUGCAGGGAAGCCACAACCUGAGAAAGCCUGUGCGCAGGGGCUGCAGCUGACUAAAGCAGCUGGAAAGUCUAUAAGGACACUGCCCCACAUUAAAUAUCCUCACCCUCAGCCCUGUCAGCCAGCAGGAGCCAGUCAAGAACGGAUAAUGCCAGUCUCUCAUCAAGGAGCCCAACAAACAACACAGGGAAGGCCUGCGGAUUUUGCUUUCAAACCAGGGUCUCAAUCUACAUCUGGGAGUAAACUUUCAUCUACCUCCCAGUCCAGCGCCCAUCAACCCAAAUUCCAGAGCAAACACUUCCAGCCUCAGCCGUUUCAACCCGUGCCUUCUCAGAAAAAACCGUCUCACUCCCGGCCCUCCCAAGCUAAACCCCCUCAUCUGGAUCCCUCUCAUGCAAACCUUACUCAGGGGCAGCCUUCCCAAGCUACACCCACUCACUCCCAGGCCUCCCAAGCUAAACCCACUCACUCUCAAGCUAACUCUCAUCAUCCACAUCCCUCCCAUGCUAAACCUUCUCAUCAGAAUCCCUCUCAUGCUAACCCUACUCAUCCGCAGUCCUCCCAUGCUAAGCCCUCUCAUCCGCAGUCCUCCCAUGCUAAGCCCUCUCAUCCACAGUCCUCCCAUGCUAAGCCCUCUCAUCCACAGUCCUCCCAUGCUAAGCCCUCUCAUCCACAGUCCUCCCAAGCUAAGCCCUCUCAUCCACAGUCCUCCCAAGCUAAGCCCACUCAUCCACAGUCCUCCCAAGCUAACUCCCAUCAUCCACAGGCCUCCCAAGCUAAGCCCUCUCAUCCACAGUCCUCCCAUGCUAAGCCCUCUCAUCCGCAUCCCUCCCAUGCUAAGCCCUCCCCAUCCCAGUCUACUCAGUGUAAGGCACAUAAAGCCCAUCAGUCCCAACCUAAGCCUUUUCAACCGAGACCCACUCAACCUAAAUCCUCGAAGACUAAGCCUUCACAGGCCAGGGCCUUCCACCCAAGAGCAGGGAGACGUUAAAGAACAUACUCUAGAGAUCUAGGAUGUGUGAUCUUUGCUUAAGCUAUUCUUCCCAUAUAACAGUCUGAAGAAAAGUUUCAGUGAAAGUGAUAAAAAUAGCCAAACAAAAAAAUAUGCAAAGUCUUAAGUGCAUAGCAGAGUUUCUAAGUGUGGGAACUGUGAAAGCAGUUAUCAGUAGGGUCUGGCUGGGCAAGGUGGCACACACCUACAGGGUUUAGCAUGAGGGCUGUGUCAUCCCAAUUCAGGAGAAGCAGGCAGAUCUCUGUGUGUAGGCCAGUCUGGUCUACAUAACAAUGACAUAGCAAGUUCUAGAUCAGCCAGAGUACAUAAUGAGACCCUGUCUGCACAGAAGGUUUGGAUCUAGCAUCAAACCAAAGAGUUCAGUCAGUAUUCCAGAAGACAUCAUUAAUUACACUCAGUGGGUUACCCAAACCAAACCAAACCAAACCAAACCAAACCAAACCAAACCAAACCAACGACUAACCCUCCUAAGGAGCGGGAAGGAGUGGGUAGGGGUCAGGCUGAGCAGGAAGGGAGAAGAGCUGAGGAUGGAUAUGAUCAUUGUAUACACAUAUGAAGCUGCCAAAUCAUACGUGCAAGAUGAGGAAAGAGCAGGAUCUAAGGAUACAUGAACUCACUGAGCCCAGCCCUCACUAUCCGAUGGUGUGGGGUUUGAACCCAGGGAGUGGAGUCUGUGUGAUUGUAAAAUGAUGAAAAUAUGGAGCUCACCUUAUCUCAGUGUUGAAGAAAAGCAGCUUCAGAGGUGCCUUGGUUUGGGUUUAUUAUCAGGCACUGAGCAGAUAGACAGUCUGCACCAUUGGUACAGUUAAAUCAGCUUGCUUCUGCUAACAGCCACAGUAGUCAUGCCUGAUAAUACUAUCUCAUUUAGCCCUUACACACAGAAAUAAUGAAUGUUCAAUAAAACAUACUUUUACAUUAACCUUGGUACUGAUUUGUGUAUGUUUCAUUCUUUAUAUAAUAGCUAAGAAAAUUUACCUCAUUAGAGGUCCUGAUAUUCUACUAGUCUAAUGGUUUGAAAUCAGAAAUGUGUUAGUGAGUUUUUAAUUUUAGAGUUAAUUGAAAAGAUUGAGAUGAAUUUAUAAAGGGUAUAAGCAAUGUUUGAGAGAGCUUAUGAUUGAGAGGGUUAUAAUUUUUGUAGACUCCUGUUGUUCUGAACAUUUGGGUAACUUCUGCUAGUUAGCUGUGUUAGAAGGAAUGUAUUUGAUUCAGAUAUUUAACCAGAGCUGCUUUAAGUUUUUAAGUGUCACCAAGUAUCAAUAAAAGGCUACAUUAGCCGAACAUGUUGGUACACAUCUGUGACCUUACAUGUAAGAGACUGAGGAAGGGGAAUCGAGGUUUAAGCCAGCAGCACAUAGUGAGACCAAGUCUCAGAAAACAAAAACAAGCCACCUUAAGUAGAUUUAAAAUUUUGCCUCAUUUAGAAAUAAAGUAAGAUUUAUAAAUU